CUGGCUUCCGGGCUUUUGAAAGCUCCCCAGGGCAUUCUAAAGUGCCGUGGGGGCUGGGAGACACGGCUCCGCCCGGAUUCCAAUGAAAAGGGGUGGUCUACACGGGCGGUUCUCAAACUCCGCUGUCUGUAGGAAUCCCCAGGCGAACUUCAAAAAGUGCUGGUGCUCAGGUCCCAACCUGAGGGACCGUGUGCUGGGCCGGACUUUGGAAGUUUGAAGAGUCCCAGGUGAUGACAAUAUGCAAGCGAGGUUGAGAAUCUCUGCUUUACCAGGUGGUGCGAGGGCCGGGCGCAGUGAGCGCCGCGCGCCACUGGGUGGCGCUGCCCCCUCGGUCCGGUGCUCGGGGAGGCGCGGGCCGCGUCCGGGUGCGCACCUGCCCCGCCUCCUCCAGGCGGGCCGCGGGGCAUGCAGCCGGUCGGGGGCGGGGCUCCGAGGCCGGGACCCGGCCACCGGCUCUCGGGCAGCCUCCGCCAGCUGGACCCCGCCGCUCUCCUGAUGCUGCUCCUGGACGCCGACCGGCCGGAGCCCGUGCGCAGCGGGGCGCGCGAGCUCGCGCUCUUCCUGACCCCCGAGCCCGCGGCCGAGGCGAAGGAGGUGGAGGAGACCAUCGAGGGGAUGCUCCUCAGGCUGGAAGAGUUUUGCAGCCUGACCGACAUGAUCAGGAGCGACACUUCACAGAUCUUGGAGGAAAACAUCCCACUGCUUAAGGCCAAAGUGACAGAAAUGCGUGGCAUCUAUGCCAAAGUGGACCAGCUAGAGGCCUUCGUCAAGAUGGUUGGGCACCACGUCUCCUUCCUGGAGGCCCACGUGCUUCAGGCCGAGCGGGACCACGGGGCCUUCUCGCAGGCUCUGCGGAGGUGGCUGGGCUCCUCGGGGCUGCCCUCCUUCAGGAAUGAGGGAUCAUUGUAUCCCUUUUGCUGAUGGAAAAACUGAGGCCAGACUGAUCCUGCAGUGGAGAACUUCAAUGUUUAAAACACAGCCGUCUUCUCAACUUAUCUGCUGGUCACCCGGUCCAGGGAUCGCUGGACAAUGUCCGGAGACAUUUUGGUUGUGACUAGAUGUGAAGGGUGCUGUUGGCAUCUGGUGAUUAGGCACCAGGGAUGCCGCUGAACGCCCUACAGUGUGCAGGACAGCCCCGCUUCCCCCGCCCCCCCCCCCCCACCACAGCAGGAGAGUCUCUAGUUUGAGAAACCCCGCCCUAAGCUGCGUUCGAUAAUUGCAGCGAUGGUUUCUGCCAGGUCUGUUCGAAGUGCUUUGUGUGCUGGGUUAUGUGGCAUCCCAUUCCCAUGCCAGGCUUUGGAGCAGGGACCUUUAUACCACCCCCAUUCUACAGAUGGGAAGGAUGAGGCUCAGUGGGGUGAAGGGACUCGCCCAAGGCCACACGACCUGGUGUGACGAGGCUGGGGUGGACCCUGGUUGGCCCCUCUCUGAGGCCUCGCCCUUCCCAGCUCAGCCAGCCACCCUGUCCUGCCCCCCCCCCCCAGGGGUUUCUCACUGUUCCUUGGGUCUGCCCGGGAAGCCCCCCUCCCUCCCACGCCUCUGUCUGCUGCCUGCCUGCGUAUUUCCACUGCGUUUACUGCGUGCCAGGCGCUGCACUGGGCAUUUCGUACACGUUGACUCAUUUACCUUUCCCAAACGUCGUGUGCCCUGGGCAUCAGCGUUAUUCCGAUUCGAUAGGAAGGGGGAUGGAGACUUGGUAGAUUUCAGGGGUUGCGGUCUUAUCGCCCACGGACAGAAUGGAGCAGGUGAACUCGUUCUAUUUGGCCAACAGUGUGCCUUGGGAUGCCUGGCUGGGCUUCGCUGUCUAGUCCCUGCCAGGACCCUACUGCUCCGUCUUCUUUUACACCUGCCCGAGGCAUGUGCUUCCAAGUGAGUGACUUGCCCAGGGCCAGUAACAGCUAGACAACGGCCUCACCUGUCUCAUGGUCUAGAAACUCCUGUUGAUCCUUCAGAGGCUAAGUUAAUGCCACCUCUUCUCAGAAGCCCUCCAGGAUUGCCCCAUCUCCAGAGAAAUGCUAUCUUUCUGCUUUCCAACAAUGAUGAAGUCAGGAGCUUUUUUGUUUGUUUGUUUGUUUGUUUUGUCCUCUCCCUUGAGAUAUGAUGACCAUUCCCGGGUAAACAGGAACCCCCAGUCGCCCCCAGAAACCUCCAGAGCACCCAGUGCUCUGCCCACUGAGGGCUUAGAAGCACAUCGGGGGAGGAAGAUCAGAGGCCCGUGGCUGCCCCUGGCCCCCAGCAAGUAUCCUAACAGUGGGACCUGUCGGGCCCUUGGUCUUUGAACUUUCCAGUCUUCUUCUGUGCUCUGCAGUUGUCCCCGUGUGGUCGGCACUAGUGUCCCCAUUUAGAGGCAGAGACCAGGUCUCAGAGAUG